AGGGUCAGGUAACAGCUAACAAGCAGCAGGAGGUGUGGGGGCAGCUGGCGUGCAGGCACCCCAGUGGACACCCUGAAGCUCGUGGGCGUGGGGCUGGCUGGGAAAUGUUGCGGGCACUGGCUCUUGCCAGCGUGGCCCUGCAGCCCCGAGCAGCAGGGUCGGUGCGUACAAUGGCCUCCCACCAGCUGCUGGUGCCACCCCCAGAGGCCCUGCGGAAGCCCCUGUCCGUCCCCAGGCGGCUCCUGCUGGGGCCGGGGCCCUCGAACCUGACCCCGCGAGUCGUGGCUGCGGGUGGCCAGCAGAUGAUCGGCCACAUGCACCGGGAGAUGUACCAGAUCAUGGAUGAGAUCAAGCUGGGCAUCCAAUACGUGUUCCAGACCAAGAACCAGCUCACGUUGGCCAUCAGCGGCUCGGGACACAGUGCCAUGGAGGCUGCCGUGGUCAACACACUGGAGCCCGGGGACUCCUUCGUGGUGGGGGCCAAUGGCAUUUGGGGGCUCCGGGCCAUGGAGAUGGGGGAGCGAGUUGGAGCCCGCGUACACCCCCUGAUCAAGGACCCUGGAGGCUACUACACGCUGCAGGAGGUGGAAGAGGCCCUGACCAAAUACAAGCCAGUCCUGCUGUUCCUGACCCAUGGGGAGUCCUCCAGUGGCCUGCUGCAGCCCCUGGACGGCUACGGGGAGCUCUGUCACCGUGGCUGGGACCCAGGGCAUGUGUGUUUUCAGCCCCUUGGCACUAAUGGUCCCUGGGCAGACCUCCAAACCCGGCUUCCAGAGGACAAAUCUCACGCAGAGGGGCUGAGCUGUCCUCAGGUGCCCCUGCUGCCCCCAAGGUGGGGCCAAGCCUCCCUAAUAAGAGAAGAAGUUGGGCAGGGGGCUGGGCUCGGUGGUCCCAGUUGGCCUGUCCAGCACCCCCUCUCCACAGAGAUUGACAUCCUGUACUCGGGGUCCCAGAAGGUGCUGAACGCCCCCCCAGGAACCUCGCUCAUCUCCUUCAGCGAGAAGGCCCGAAACAAGGUCUACAGCCGGAAGACAAAGCCUUGCUCCUACUACCUGGACAUGAAGUACUUGGCCAACUUCUGGGCCUGCGGAGACAAUGAAGACGAGCCCAGAAUGUACCAUCACACCACGCCCAUCAUCGGCCUGUUCACCCUGCGGGAGAGCCUGGCAAUCCUCGUGGAGCAGGGCCUGGAGAGCAGCUGGCGGCGGCACCAGGAGGUCAGCUUGUACCUGCAUGGCCGCCUGCAGGAGCUGGGGCUGCAGCUGUUCGUCAAGGACCCGGCGCUCCGGCUGCCCACGGUCACCACAGUGGCCGUGCCUGCUGGCUACGACUGGAGGGACAUCGUCGACUACAUCAUGGACCACUUUGGAAUCGAGAUCACGGGGGGCAUGGGGCCCUCGGUGGGGAAGGUGCUGCGCAUCGGGCUCCUGGGCUGCAAUGCCACCCGGGAGAAUGUGGACCUGGUGGUGAAGGCCCUGAAGGAGACCCUGCAGCACUGCCCCCGGAACAGGCUGUGAGAGCCCACCUACCCACCCCCGGAGGGGCCGGGUACCCCAGCACACGCAGAAGGCCUCAGCAAGGCCCAGGAGCUGGGGCAGGAUGCUGCCCACCCAGCCAGGCGGUGCAAGGGAGGGGCAGAACCCAGGAGCUUCCCAGCCCCUCCAAGUGGGACCCCGGAAACAGGAUCUUUGAGCUCAUGGCCACCUCUCCCACCUGCCCCCAGCCCCAAGGCCCACUGUCUCCUGGGAAAGUUCAAUAAAGAGCCGGUCUGCUGCA